AUGGUGCUGAGGGAUCGCCAGCUGCAGCGCAGGAAGGCGCAGAAACCAGCUCUCCUCCCACAGCCAUUGGAAAGCGAAGAAGAGGCCUUGCAGUGCGGCAGGAAUCCUCCCCUCAAGCAGCUGCCACUGAACGAUGUAGAAAUCAACCGCCACCUCGAUAACUGCCUGGCGAAGGCAGCAACCUCUCGAGGCAAAUCCCAAACGACGCUGCGCUUUGCGCGUUCUGCACCUGCAUUGACCGAGGCAUGCAAAACAUCCGCAACACCCAACACCAACUCCAAACCCAGCGCCGAGCAGCCACUCCCCACCCGCCACACCAGCGCACCAACAGAGAACCCAGACAGCGGUGCAGCCGCAGACAGGGCGACUCGCAGGAGUCCCAGGACGUCAGACAAGUCAGCAGCGACAGAGAUCACCUCUCCCAUCAGAAAGAAGGGCCGCACGGACAGCAGUUGGUCCUCAUCUGCCAGCCAAGACAGCGAUGACUGGAUUCCCAACAGAGGCUCUACAGCCUCCUGCAGGGACAGCCCCAGUGCAGCAGGCCCAGUGUACCAGCAAGCCGCCAGCCCACAAAGGAGCUCAGCAGAGGACCGCGACACAGUCACAUUCAACACUUUUGCAGUGGGCCGCCGGUUUCAUCCAGUGAUCAAGGUGGUUGCAGGCCAAACAGCGGCGCUGAAGGCCGAGCCGAGCAAUGCCAGGGACCCCAACGCGCUGCUCGUAGUCAGUCACAGCGAGUCACCAGAGGGGGAGCAUUGCUUGGGCUACCUGCCGGCCACGAUUUCUGCCGCUUUAGCGCCUCUCCUGUCCUCGGGAGCCAUCUCAAUUCGGCUGUGUGCGGAGGGCGCAGUUGAGAAAGAGGCAGCGGCAGAGGGAGUUGAUGCAGCGAGAGUGGCGGCUGAGACACACGCCAGCUUGGCGCAGCAGAGGAGCGGGUCGGGCACCGGAGAAAUGCUGCGCAGCAACUUUGUGGUGGUUGCAGACCUCGUGCUGGGCCAGGAUGGACACCUGCUGUCCGAGGAAGAGCAAGCCACCACCGCCCUGUUCAAGGCAAGGACUUUGAGGGCUGAGUUGGAUGCUCCAGCGCAGUGUCUGUUCCUGCGUCUGUUCCAGCGCAGGAGGGACUGGUUCAGGAUGGCGGCCCUCAGCUACACAGAGGUGCCUGAGAUAGAUGCAGCCGUGGCUUCCCUUGUGGCCGCCGGAUUCGCGCGCACCUCGGACUCCGUCUCUCCUGAAGAGCGCAGCACGGUGGUGGAGAUGCUGACAGUGCCGGAGAUACUAGCGCUGCUGUCCACGCUGGGCCUGUCUGCCAAGGGGCGCGCGUCGUACGGCAUCCCUCGCAGCAAGCUGCUGGAAGCGCUGCUUGACGCCCUCCAUGCACAGCCCGGGCAGCGGGUGUGGGAGGAGGUUGAGCAGGUGACGGGCCGCUGCUGCGCGCUGGCGCCGGCCGCGGCGGAGUGGGCAGGCCGGCUGCAGCGGCUGUUCUUUCUGAACGAGGGCCAGGACCUGUCGCGCUUCCUGGUGGCGGACCUGGGGAUUAUGCCCUACCCGAGCUACACCGUCCGCCGCACGCGCCCCGUCUGGGCCUCCCGCUGUUCCCUCCUCGCCUAUGAGGCGGCCCUAGGCCACGCCGAGGCGCUGGACGCUGCUUUCGAGGCCGGCGACCAUGCAGCGGCGGUUGCGGCGCUGCGGCCGGCGUGGGACGCGGUGGAGGCGAAUCUGCACAAGGCCCCCCUCUCGCCAGCUCAGCCGGGGGGACCCCACGCCUGUUCUGGCUCGGCAGUUGCCGCGCAGCCGCUGGCGCACUGCCCAUUCCUGCUGCGCUUCUCUGCCGCGUGGGUCUAUGUUGCCAUGGCGACGGCGGGAGUGUCGCUGUUUGAGAAGCAGAAGCGCUACGAGGAGGCCUGUGACACCAUUCGCAAGCUGCUAGGAGGGGUGUGCUGUCCCAACAGGAGGGGUGAGUGGUGGGUGCGGCUGUCCAUCAACUCCGAGCACCUGGGCUGCCCAGAGAUGGCCCUGGAGGCGCGCACCUAUGGCCAUUGCAUUUCCACUUCUGUGGCGGAGGCAGCGCUGGCGGACGAGCAUGUGCGCGGUGGGGACCGGCUGGCGCUGCAGAGGCGUGCCCUCCGCCUGGGCAAGCCGCCACGCCGAUGGAAGCAGCCGCCCUGGGCCGCCCAAGUUCCGGCUGACCCUCGCGAGGUGUGCAUAGAGGGCCGGCCGAUAGCAAGCAAGAUCGGCACAAAGAGCAUGUUCUGGUCUGCGGAUGGGGAGGCAGUCAAGGUGGAGGAGCUGGCGCUGCAGUACUAUGCCAGUGAAGACGGCGGCGGCUGGCAAGGGGUGCACUCGGAGGGGGGAGUGUGGGCGACGCUGUGGGGGUUGCUGAUGUGGGAAGCACUCUUCGCUGACGUGGCGGACAGCCUGCGCACGCCCUUCCAGACUAGCCCCCUCGAUCUCCACACGCCCACCUUCUACACGGCGCGAAGGGAGCUGAUAGAGGGGCGGUUGGCGGAGAUAAGGAGCGGCGACGUGGGUGCGCUUGUGCGCGAGUCAUGGGAGGCCCACCACGGCAUCAUGUGCGUGGGCGUCAACUGGGAGCGCCAAGGCUUGGAUGAGCUGGUGGUGAUAGCGGACUGCAUCGGGGCCCAUGCACUGGCGUCCAUCUGCCGCCUGCUGGCAGAGGACCACGCCGGGUGGUCAGGUGGCAUGCCGGACCUGCUGCUGUGGCACCCAGAGCGGCGGCGCGCGAAGGCGUCGGAGGUGAAGGGCCCCCGCGACCGGCUGUCAGAGCAGCAGCGCGCGUGGGCCGCAGCGCUCUCCGCCGGUGGCAUGGAUGUCGAGGUGCUGAAAGUGCUGGAGCCAAGCACAAAGCCCAACAGCUGGCGCGGGCAGAGGCGCAGGCGUGCCUGA